CUCUUUCCCCUUCAACCCCAUCAUCAUCCAACAUCUACCGUAAGCACCAGAUUACUGGGAGAUAUCGCCAAGAUGUCGAAAAUUACGGUUGCCAACGUCCGCACUCAGGUCUCUGAGCUGCUCGAGUACUCUCUCGAGACCAAGAAGCGCAACUUCCUUGAGUCUGUCGAGCUUCAGAUCGGCCUCAAGAACUAUGACCCCCAGCGUGACAAGCGUUUCUCCGGCACCGUCCGCCUGCCGGUCGUCCCCCGCCCCAACAUGAGCAUCUGCAUUCUCGGUGACCAGCACGAUAUCGAUCGUGCCAAGCACGGUGGUGUUGACGCCAUGUCCGCCGACGACUUGAAGAAGCUCAACAAGAACAAGAAGCUCAUCAAGAAGCUCGCUCGCAAGUACGACGCCUUCGUCGCUUCCGAGACCUUGAUCAAGCAGAUCCCCCGUCUCUUGGGUCCCGGUCUGUCCAAGGCCGGCAAGUUCCCCACCCCCGUCUCCCACGCCGACGAUCUCUCUGGCAAGAUCACCGAGGUCAAGUCCACCAUCAAGUUCCAGCUGAAGAAGGUUCUCUGCAUGGGUGUCGCCGUCGGCAACGUCGGCAUGACCCAGGAGCAGCUGAUUGCCAACAUCAUGUUGGCCAUCAACUACCUCGUCUCCCUGCUGAAGAAGGGCUGGCAGAACGUUGGAAGCUUGACCAUCAAGGCUUCCAUGUCUCCCCCCAAGCGCCUCUACUAAGCGCGCCCUCUUGUCGUGUUGGUGUUUCUUGCGAGGGGCCUGUACUAGGUAGAGUAUCGCCCGGGUUAGUUAUGUCGAUGGCUUAAGUGCUUGUUCGCAUAGCAAUCUACUCAAGGGUGGGAAUACACCUGUCACGGGUAUUUCAUAGGAAGCUCUGCGCAUGGAUUAGGAGCCUGCCAAUACAAAACCAUCCUUUUCCAAACCAUCA